GGGGGUGGAGUUGCUGUUUUUUCUUUGAACACGGUGAAGACUUUAGCUUGGAACUUGCAUUUGUGGAGCUCCCAGCCGGCAGGAACCAGCUCUCCCUCCUGUCGCCGGGAGUGGGCAUCACUCCGCUGCCCUGCGCUUCGGGGUGGCAGCUUCGGGGCAGAGGCAGGGCCAGGAGGCAUGGGGGGACCUCCGGCUGCUUUCCUGUCCCCUGUGCCCCCUUCGCCUUUUCUCUCUCUCUCUCUUUGCUCGCCUGGGGGCUUGUGCUAACGCCGUCUGUGCCGGGAGGGACCCCGGAGCCAGCCAGCCCUGGGCUCCACAGUUGGCUUCCACCUGCUCACAGCCUCCAGAAGUUUGCUCUCCAUCCCAGGCGCUGGGAGAAGAAAGGCAGGAGGUGGCUCGGAGGUGCCGAGCCCCGGCAUGUGAGGGGUAGGCAGGGGCACCAGAAGCUUCCUUCCUGCCUCCCCCAGAGCCCUGGGAUCGUGCAGAGACCAUGAACGAGUCCCUUUUCAACCAGACUCUCCUAGAGCAGGGAGCUUACCCCAACAGGACCCAGGGCUUGGGGGUGCUCAUGGCCUGCUGCAACGGGACCGGCUCGGUGCUGGCGACCGACGGCGGCUCCUCGGUCCUGGCACCCGACGAGAGGAGCCUCUACAUCACCAGGGUGGUGCAGAUCGCUGUCCUCUGCGUCCUCUCCUUGACUGUCCUCUUUGGCAUCUUCUUUUUGGGCUGCAACUUGCUGAUCAAGUCGGAGAGCAUGAUUAACUUCCUGGUGAAGGACCGAAGACCUUCCAAGGAUGUGGGAGCUGCAAUCAUGGGACUCUACUGAAGCCUCCAGGCUUCUGUAGGCAAGUGAACUGUCUGCACCUGCUGCCAAGAAGGCACAUUUGGGGCAGCUCUGUGUGUGUAUGUGUGUGUGUGUG